AUGGAAGAAAAUAUAGAAGAAAUAUUUAAUGAUUUUAUUGGUCAUUUAAAUGGUAAAACCGAAGAAUAUACGAGUGAAGGAAAAGAUAUAAAUACAAUAAAAACAGAUGAAAUAAAUUUUUUAGACGAUAAUAUUUUCAAUACAUUAGGAAACAACUUUUUUAGAUAUACUGAGUAUUCAUUGAGUAGCUUAUAUAUAUGUGAAGAAAAUAUCCCAAUUGAAGAAGAUAUAAAUUUUAAAACAUUAUUAAAUAUAAUAACGAAAGCAUCUGAUGUUAAUAAUAAAUUCAAAUGGGUAGAUUAUUAUUUUAAAUAUGAUUCAAAAGAAGAAUUGAAUAUUUUAUCUCCAAAAUCACAAAACAAAGAGCUACUAUUCAGAGAAUAUCUAGAUCCAUACCAUUUAAAAAAUGUAUGCUUAUUGAGAAAAUUUGAGCAAGGUGCAAUUUUAAAAUCAUCCGAAAAAAAUAAAGUGGAUGUUAAAAUAGUAUCAGAAUACAAUGUUCACAGUAGUUAUAAAAAUGUAAUUAGAUCAUUUGAUUAUUAUUUAAACCAUAAAAUAUUUACUCAAGCAGAUAUAUUUCAUAAUAAAUAUGGUAAUAGUGAUCAUAUUGUUAUUUUAGUGUUAAGACAUUAUAAAGAUGAAAAUUUUCAAUUUCCAUUGUUUCCAGAUAGAGUUCUUGUUCAAAUAAAAUCAUACUCUAAUGAUAAUAAAUACUCAGAGAUGACUCAAAAAAAUCUUUUACAUUACUCAGAAAUUUUUAAACCUUAUAUUUCUCUUAGAAAAGUAAAUUAUAAUCUUGUAGAAGAAAUAAAAAAUAAGAUUACUUAUACAAUUUAA